AUGGGUCAACGUAUCGCCAAGCAUAAUAUGCAGACUGGCGUCAAAUUAUACCAUCAAAGACGCCAUCAACAGGCUUUCGCUCGAUGGCGAGCUGCCCUGCAAAGGCUAACUAACGCUGAGGACAGAUUUAUAACUCUUGGUUAUAUGGCACAAGCAUUCUGUGAUGCUGGAGAUUAUGAAUCCAUGUUGCAAUAUUCGCUGCAACAAAUGGAACUAGCCAAUGCUCGUCAAGAUGAAUAUAUGAAAAGCGAGGCAUUUUUAAAUCUAUCCAAGGCGUACGAAAGGCUCGCGGAUUAUAGUAAAGCUAUUGGCUAUGGUCGAGCUAGCUUAGAGCAUCCGAGUAUGGAUCCUAGAACGCCUGGCUAUGCUCAUCUAGUGAUAGCUUUAUCACAAAUGGGAUUCAGUCAAUUUCAAGCGAGUCUUGACGCAUUUGAAAAAGCAAUGUGUGUAGCAAAUAAUACUAAUGAUAAAUUAUUGGAAUUACAAGUGUGCGUUGGCCUUGGUGCACUUUUUACUUUACUUAGAGAUAUAUCAAAAGCGCUUGUUUUUUUACGAAAUGCUUUGGCGAUUCUUCAAUAUAUCACUAUCGAUGAUGUUCAUGCUAAAUAUCGAAGUGUAAUAUUAUAUCACCUUUCUGUAGUCCUAAGGAUCAAAGGAUCCUUAAUAGACGCUAAAGAAGCAUGCGGUGAAGCAAUGCGAAUUUCUUCCGAAACAGGAAACCGUUCAGUCUAUGCGAGAUGCCUUUCAUCGCUUGCAGAUAUAUAUCGAGAAUUAGGAGAAUCAGAAGCUAAAGAGACGAUAACGAAAAGUUGGGCGCGUUAUGAAGAGGCAUAUCGUAUAAUGCGAAAAACUAAUGAUCGUAUGGGUGAAGUGCUUGUUCUUGGAAGUAUGGCUAAAUCAGCAUCCGAAAGUCGAAUUCAUUACACCGGACAGUGUGAAUGUCAGGCUAUACAACUUAAUAAAAAAUGCUUAGAAUUGGCAAAACUAAUCGGUUGCAAGCAUGCAAUGCUUAAAUGUCAUCUAAGAUUGCAAGAUUUAUAUAUGCAACUAUCCGAUGAAGAUAGUGAAGAAAUUACUAAAAAGGCUAUUAUCUCUUUAACUCAAGAAAUGGAACUUUUUUGUAAUUUUUGUGGUCAAACAUAUGGUCUCAAAGAUAAUUCCUUACAAGCUUUACGAUGUUCUCAUAUUUUUCACGAAAAAUGCCUGCACAUUUAUCUCAAUGAAACCAACAAUACAAUUUGCCCAAAAUGCCAAUGUAAAGCGAUUUUAAUGGAUGAUAUUUCUCUUAGAAGGCCACUUCCUCUAUUUUCGACUGAUGCAACACAACAAACAUCGCCGAUGGCCCAGGUGAGCCGUAUAAAACAAGCUCCUCCGCCACCACCAAGGAAGCCGUGCAUGGCUGAUGGAGGACUUCCAUUUUCAUCCGUUCUAGACUCUCCUAUAUAUGAGAGGCGUGAAGGCAACAAAUUUGUAUAUCCUAGAGGACUAACAAUCACCGAUGUUUAA